AUGGCUCGGGAUUUCAGUGCGCUGCAAGUUCUACAGCAGAUGUUUGCCAAUAUCGAGCAAAGUGAGUCUGAAGAGGAGGCAGAAGAUGUGUCAGAAGAUGACGGGGAAGAGUGUGCAGAGAAUGUAGCAGAAGAGGAUGACGAAGAAGAAGAAGAAGACGGGCAAGAGUACGCGGAGCAUGUGUCAGAAGAGGAAGACGGGCAAGAGUACGACGCAGUCAACCACGACAAGUGGCUGCCGCCGCCGCCGACGACCAAGCCCCUCAAAUCGACAGAGAUACUUUCUUGUCGAAAAACGGCCAAAUUGAAUGGUGUUCGAUUGCGUAUCGGAGGAAUCCGAGGCUGCUGUCGCAACGUGAAACUCAUGGCGACGAGAAACAUGACCGUGGUUGGCACCGUGCGAAAGAACAGGGCCGAGCUCCUGUCCGAGCUGCUGACGACGAAGACGCGACGGGUGCUGUCGUCGCAGUUCGCCUUCACUCCAACCACCACUCUGGUUUCCUACCUCGCGAAGAAAAAUAAGAACGUUUUACUCAUGAGCACACGCCACACAGACGCUGAAAUCAGUGACAGAAACGACGGCAAACCGACCAUCGUCCUGGAUUAUAAUUUGAACAAAGGCGGAGUCGACAAUCUGGAUAAGGUCAUCACGGCCUACAGCUGUAAAAGGAAGACGGCCCGCUGGCCCCUCGUCAUCUUCAGCAACAUCGUUGACGUCUCCUCCUACAACGCCUUUGUGAUAUGGAGAGAGGUCAACCCCAACUGGAUGCCGCGUAAGCGCAACAAGAGAAGGUUUUUCCUCGAGCAACUCGGAAGGGCCCUCGUGACUCCGCUGAUCGAAAGAAGACGAUGUCUGCCCCGCACUGGAGCUGCUGCCGCGGUUGUGAAAGAUCUACGGAUGGCCAGCUGUCGCGAUCCGCCUCCUCAACGGCGACCCGGAGAGGAUGGCGCAGCGGCAGCAGCAGCCGCCACCGCCGCCUCCUCAUCGGCAGGACCGACGUCGCCGGUCCCUGCCAGUAAGAGGAAGAGAUGUCAAAUCACCAAGAAGCUGGCUGGCAGUAUAGGGGACUCCGCUGCAUGGAUGUUCAACAUCGAGCUUGGCCAGUUCACUAAAUCACGCUUUGGUGGGUCACAGUCUGCCUCAGUGAAGCCCAAUAUUGUGGCGAGGAAGACCCCCAGCCCCGCUCCUCCUCCAUCCUCUGUGAGGACCUCCAGUCCUGCUCAUCCUCCAUCCUCACUGAGGACCCUGUCUACCGCCUCUGUGAGGACCCCCAGCCCUGCUGUUAGCACCAGCCUGGAAGUAGCCACUGAUGGGACAGGAGAAAUCCAUCUAGCUGCUACUGGGGCUACAGCUUCUGUCUGGUUGCCGGGUGAGCUGAGCAAGUCAAUCCCUGUUCAAGAUCAGAGGUGGAUAUCCAACACCCUCUUUCACUCUGGCAAACUGCGGCCAGAUUUGAAGCUGUGGUAUGAGCCCCCUGUUCCAGCACUGAUUUAUCACCAAACGCCAACACCCGACCGCUUCUUCACCCAUCGGCUGAUGGUGUGGAUGCCCUACCGCCUUUGGAGGGUGAGGGUGUUCUGCCCAGCUUGUGGGAAGCAGUUGACGGGUGCUGGCAUUCACAGGAGAGCUCGGAAGGUCCUUGACAUUGACAGAUACUACCUAAUGGUGACAGAGACACUCAGGUGCUCUGUGUGUUUCCUGACCACUCUGUCUACCAGUCAGACUGUCAGGGACCAGCUGGACCUGCCACACCAGAAUUUGUUCCGGCUCAUCCUGACCUGCAAGUAUGCUUGUGACAUUCGUGUCAUUCGGAUGCUUCGGGAAAGGACCCUUGGCAACAGUCCAACACGACUGGUGAAGCAGCUCAAGGAGAACCAUGGGGAGGAAUGGCUGACCCGGUUGGCACACUAUCUCGGGGAGUGUGCUGACUUUGUGGAUCGACCCAGUCUGUUCCCAGUGGUCUGCCAGGAGCCCCCUGAACCCAUCGAAAUUCCCACCAGUCGUUGGCUGCUGUCUGUGUACGGCAGGGACAUCCUCUCCCGCAUGGACCACAUCAAGGCCAGCAUCACCUCCAUGUUUGGCUCCAUUUUAAAAAUGGAUUCUACCAAAAAGAUCACAAAGAAGCUGUCUGGCCAUGGCAAGGGGACCGCUCUCUGGGUGACCUCCCUUGGGAACGAGGUUGGACAGAUCCUGACCAGUGUCCUCACAGUGCAGGAGGGGCCGGGAUUGGAUCACAUGGUGUCUGGUGUGAUGGAGCGGUACCGCCAGGCAGCUGUUCCACCCCCAGUGCUGCUGUACGUGGACUGUGGCUGCUGCAAAAGCGAGGGGCCAAGCAAGGUGCAGACCAGGUUUGGAGAGUGGCCAGACCUCCACAUACGGCUGGACAUCUGGCACUUUAUGAGGAGGAUGGCUAUCGGCUGCACCACCGAUGCUCACCCACUCUACCCCACCUUUAUGGGCUCUCUGUCUGCCUGCAUCUUUGAGUGGGAUGCAGGGGACCUCACUCUGUUGCGGCAGGCAAAGAGAGCGCAGCUCAGGCAGGAGGGUGUGCCAUCCAUAACGGAUCUUGUGGUGGACACCAAGAUCUCCAAGAUGGAGCUGAGCCUCUACUGCCGCAGGAAGACACGCGGCGAAGAGACCACCAUCAGCCUCAUCGACCGGCUGCUGCAGGAACUGGGGGGUGCAAGAGGUAGAGACCUCAUGGGGGUGCCACUGCUGGACCAGGUGCGCAUGGAGCACAUCUGGCGUGUGCAGAAACACCACGUCAAGUGCAUCCAGGACGUGCCAGGGGUGCAGCUGUACACUGAGGUUGGAAGCACCACCAAGGGGGGCGUCGUACUGACCAGGUACCGCUGUGCCAGGGGGUCCACAUCCCUGGAGUCGUUUCAUUGCCACCUAAACAGGUUCAUUCCAGGAACCAGUGCAAAUGCACUGAAUUUCCAGCUGUACCUCCUGGAAGGCCUAAAUAGGUGGAACCAGGAUCGGGGGACUGCAGCAGUGACCAGCAAGCCAUCGUCCCUCCUCACCUACUCCGGGGGUGUGGCCCACUGUGUAAACACCAACAGCCUGAAAGUGUUUGGCCGGGCAUUUGUGCCAACCUUCACGCCACCUGCCAAAUACACUGGAGAGCUGCUUGGUGUUGACUACCUGCUGAGUCAGACUGGGCAGUCUCUCAACGUGAACCCCGACUCAGAGGAGACAGAGGGCAUGCUGGAGGAUGUUCAUGAGGGCGAGGAAGAAGAAGAUGAGGGCUUCCAGGAAGAACCAAGUCUUGCUGUGUCAAGUCUCCUGGAUGACCCAAGCUUCUCUACUCCCACCCUGCCUCCUGCCUCCAUGGCUAAAAUCAAUGUAUCUGCGUUUUGCUGUGGAUGA